UCCAGACUACUUUUUGCCGCCGCAUUGUCCUCGAUUCGAGCCCUGCCGUCCAAAUCGGCGCUCAUAACGGAACCCCAACCGGGCGACGAGUACGUUUUCGUGCAAUCGAACAACGACGAUGCCAAGCCGAUAACGAGAAAAGAGGGCGACAAACGGUUCGAAACCGCCCACAAACUCCCCCCGUCGCUGACCUACAAGCUACAGCAAGAGCGCGACGAGGAGAGCGAAGUCGAAGAGAAGAGCCUCUCCAAGCGGGAGGCUCAAAAAACGGCCGCUCCGGCGCCUCCAGGGGCUACCAAAAUCGACGUGAAAGCGCUACUAGCUAGAUAUCAAAGUAUUAGCUCUACAACGGUCGCUCCCAAGUCAACGCAAACGACGACCAAAAAACCCCAACGUCGCAAAGCAACGAAGAGAGUAAAGAAAGAUGUCAGCGAGGAAAAUCUAGAAGUGACCAGCUCUCUUCCGAUAUUGACAACGGGAAAAUCGGUGCCCAGGGCUAGCAUUGACGAUAUCCCUUUGCUAGGCGCAGCCAGCGAUAAACAGAGGUCCAGAAUACAAAUCAAAAAAGGGCCCAACGGGCAAGAGUACGAAUACGAGUACGUCUAUUAUUACUACGAUGACGACGAUCCCAAAGACAAGCCGAUAACUAACGCUCACGACGGCCCGGCGAGAAAUCAAAUACCCAACACGGAUAAGAAACCAGCCAAAGAAUCCAACGAAAUUCUACCGGCACGCGCCGGUACUAAGGGCAGAGGAAGGCAAUUGGGAGAAGACGAGACCAUCAACGAAGAACGCCUGCCGGCUAAUACCAGAUUCCCGCCAAGGAGCAGAAAUUUGAACACCACUCCUCUACCCGAAGAGGACAUCAAGCCGGUAACCAGAGGCCGCGGAAGAGGAAGGCCGUCCAGCGAGGCUAGCACUGAGGUCGACAAUGUAUCCGACGAAAGUCAGGGUUCGAGAGGUCGUACGCGCGCCAACGUGCACAGGGUGAAUUUGGAUUUGGUCGACAGCGACAGCUUCAACAGCAGCCCCAACCAGGCGAAACCGUCUUUCCCGCAAGAACUUCCCGAUGGCCCGGUACGUUUCUUGGGGGCCAUACCCAACGAGCGCAUCGAACUCGAACAGCCAGCUCAAGAACCGGCCAACAGACCACUAGCAACUCCUGUAAAUGAAGAUAUAGACGAAAGUAAAGAAAAUACCGGAGAAACAGUGGAUCCCACUACCACAGCAAUGUCACCAAUGGACAAAGUAGCUCUAGACUUAUACGCAAUAUCCCAAGGCAAAUUAUUCGGCGACGAAGGCGAAGCCAACACAGAAGAAGACAGGACCGGUUCAACCGAAGAUGCUACAGCAGAAGCCUCAACAGAAUUGGAAACCACCUCGACCACAACAACCACCACCACCACGACCACCACGACCACUACAACGACUCCGCCGCCUCCGCCAUCGACGGAAGCCCCGGCGAAUUUCGGACGGAGCAAAUUCGGGGCGGGUAGACGCGCGCCCAACGGUAGAAAAACCGCCACCCACUCGACCACCACCACCACAGAACCCUCCGCCUCGGAGCCCAAGAAGAAGUUCGGAAGACCCGGCUACAGCCGGUCGAGAACUCGCACCACGUCCGCUCCCGCAGCCGAAGAGGAAUCCCACCGAGACGAUGCCAAAACCGUCGCUCAAUCGAAGCCAUCGACGAGCCGAUCCCGUUUCGGCGCGUCCAGACCCAGAGGUAGAACCACAGCGGCUCCAUCGCACGAACCUAAAGAAGAAACCUCCACCACUUCGCAUUCAUCCAGCAGGGCGUCCUUGCCUCGUACUCGCCACAACUUCGGAUCGUCCAGAACGCGCAGCAGGACCACUGCAGCUCCUUCCGCCGACACCGACAACGAAUCAUCAGGAUCCACUAUCGAAGCAAGCAGCAGCACCACAGCAAGAUCGCGAAGAAUCAACGCCAAUUCGGCGGUGAGACCUCUAAGACCGGGACCCCGAUUGAACAUCGGAAGCAGAACCAGAACGACCAGCACCGAAGCACCGCCAGAAGACCAUGUUACUGGAGACGAUGAGCCCGAAACUAACCACCAACAAGAAGCUAAAGAGAAGUUACAGGAGGAGGCUCCGGCGCCGGCGGACAACUCGCCGCUGGGGCGGCUGCGCAGCAAGGGCCGGCUGACGCCGCAGGCGCGCCAAAAGACGGCGGCCAGCGCGCCGGUGCAGGUGCGCAGGAUCAACCCGCUGUUGAACCGCAAACGGCCCGGCCAGACGACGGAGGCGACGGCGAGCGAGGCGCCGGCGGAGGCGCCGUCGACCGAGGAGGCGGCCGAGACGCCGGAAGAGGAGCCGGAGGAGGCGGCGCCGGCCGGUUCGAGCACCACGACGGAGGAGCCGAAGGGUUUGAAUAAAUUGUUGGCGGGACGGAGGAGAUUGACGGCGAGAGUGCCCGGAACGUUGGCCGGUAAAGCCUGA